ACUUAAGGGUCUCUAGCCUCUAUCAAACUGCUGGGCAAGUAAUUGAAAGAGAGAGAAAGAGACAAAAAUUUAACAUCUGAUUCUGACAUGACGAAACGAGCAGCCUUUGGCAAUAGCAAGGUUUUUAAGUUUCUGCGUCAGAUAAGACAAGAAGUCGAUGCAUGGUUAAAAAAGAGAGCAUGGUUAAACCGUGAUUUUGGGUACCGGAGAAACAAUACUAAGGAUAAUUCAUUCUUUCCCCGAUGUAUCAUGGAGAAUUCUGCCUUGAAUCUAGCACACGAGAAAGAAAGAAGGGCAGAGGUAUUGUUGCGUGAGGGAAAAUUUGAAGAAGCAGCCAAGUGCCAUGAAGAAGUGGCUGACCUCUUAUCACAGGCUUACGCAGAACUUGUGACUGAACUUUUCCCAGAUCUUAAGUCUUUACAUAAUGCUCAUUUGCUCUGUGCACCACUUAAACUGCUCAAGUGUAUAGAUUCCAUUAGACUGCAAGAAGACUAUCACAGAAGACAGGCUGCUGUCGUCAGAAUGAAGAAAGCACAAUAUGAGGAAUAUAAAACAACUUUGGACAAUCAGCAGAAAGAUUUUCUUCUCAAGCAAAUGACUAAACAUAAUGAGAAGGAUAACAAGGAUAAUAAGGAUGUAAGGCUCCAUAAGUACACUGGUUCUUUACGUCAAGCAAUAUACAAAACUAUCGACGAGCAGGAUAGCCUUUUGGGUUUGAUAUCUAUACCGAUAAAUAGCGAUGAUAAAGCCUUCAAACAUCCAAAAGACACUGGCACCAUUAUAGAGGAACUUAGAACUGUCAAUGGACAGUUGCGAGAUCUCGUGGGUAAUUUACUUAGUCAAUUGGAAGCCAAAGAGGAGGAAGUACGCCAAUUAACGGAACGUCUCUAUGCCGUUAAUCCCAGUGAUGGUAUCAGAUCAGAGGAGCAUCCCUUACAUCUUGCGCCAUUGCCACCACUGACACCUCUUGAAAUGCCACUCUUUGAUUUUACAUCCUCAUAAACUCUCUACAAAUUAAUUGUACAUAAAUGGUAAUCAAAAUAUGCUUCAAAAAGUUGUUUUUGAAGCGCUGAGAGAGAAUGGAAGAGAAUUUGAGUUGUAAUUAAUGUUUGAAUUAUUGUUCAUUGUAAAGUUUGAUCAUAAUAUUAUGAGAAGUGCUUAACUUACAUAAUGAAGAACUGUGUGUAUAAUGCAAACAAGCAUGAAGAACUAUGUGUGUAAUGCAACAAAACAAGUAUGAAAAACUAUGUGUAUAAUGUGACAAAACAAGUAUGAAGAACUAUGUCUAUAAUGCAACAAAACAAGUUAGAAGAAUAAGUUUAACUUGAUCUCGAAA